CCUCGGGGCCCGUUGCCCUAGGAUGAGCGACAGCAGCACUGAGCCCUGGGACUGGCAUUUGGACAUGCAGUUUACUGGAAAGCUAGUGUUCUCUGCCGCUACCCUGCUCCUGGGGACUCUCGCAUACAGGCUGUACAAAUCCUGGCUGGCCCGGAACCCAGCCUGGGGAGGGACAUCCAAAGUCGAUGCCUCUGUCCCCGAGGAGCCGGAGGUAGCAGGCCAGGCUGAUCCUGCUAGCACCUCGCCCAGAGCUCUACUGCCGGUCCUCAGAAGGCGGCACCAGGUCAGCAGGGAGGAGGGGGCAAAAGUCGACUCGGUUCUAGGGAAUGGCCAGCCAGAAGGGGCCAGUGGGGCCUUUGACCUCAAAGCCAGAGGCGGUGUGGACCCUGGAGACGGGCAUCCAGUGGAGAGCAAAGGAGCAGAGCUCAACAGAGGGGAGCUGCACCCGGGAAAACUCCCAGUCCAGGACUGUCUGGGAGAGAAAGCCUUCAAGCAGGGUAAGAACUAUCUCCCCUAUCCUGCUGACUGUGACCGUGAACUUGAAAGCCCUCAGCAUGGACUUGCUCAACAUGAUAAUGAAACGGAGGGCCCCAGUAACUCACGGCAAGGGCCCGGGCUCGUCCUAGACUGUGUCAGGGGGCAGAGGGAGGAGGAGGAGAGCUCUGAUUCUGACAUCAAAGAGGCCGCCUGUGCCACAGGUUGGGGGGACAUGAAUAGGAGUUGGGUCUUCUCCCAGACUGCUGGGAUCAGCCAGGAGGGCUUGGGGCUCCUCAGAGCCACCUCAGACAUGGGCCUGGCUGUCAGCCAGCGUGAGGGGGAAGUAGACACCUCCUACAUCUUCUCCUCCCUGGCCAGGGCUCAGGUAGAGGAGAACUUUCUUGGGGAGCAGACACUGGAGGCGAGGCCCGGGGAACCAUGGGAGGUAUCUACCAGUCCUGGCCUGAAAGGAAAAAUCUAUGACUACUAUGUAGAGUCAACCUCCCAAUCCAUCUCCAGGGACAGGCUGGCCCCGGGAGCCAGCACCCCCAGAAACCCUGGAGGGAUAACUGGGCCCCAGGGCUCACCCCAGCCUCCCGCCCAGCCUCAUACCGGGUGUCCUGAUGCCUUGACUUUCCCAGGCUGUACCCAUCCUACGGACAAUGUGAAGGAUGUAUGUGAGAGUUCUCCUCCCUCUCAUUGUCCCUCUUCACUACCUGAGCCUGGCAUCAGCCGCAAGGAGAGUUUUCUCCAAAUCGCAGAGAACCCCGAGUUCCAGCUUCAACUUGACAACAUGGGGACCUCACCCUCCAAUGACCAAGAGUCAGCCUUCUGCUCAUCCAUAGACUCUCCAGGUCUCAACCCCACCCAGGCAGGUCUUGAACCCAAGGUGGAGUUGGUAGCUGGGACCAAUUUCUUCCAGCUCCCACUCAUCCCUGGCGCAGGUCAGAACACCCACCUGGACCUGGGCAACUGUUACGAAGUGCUGAACCUGGCCAAGAAGGAGAAACUGGAUGCCCUAAAGGAGGCAGCCUACAAGGUCAUGAGUGACAACUACCUGCAGGUCCUUCAGAGCCCGGACAUCUACGGGCGCCUGAGUGGGGCUGAACGGGAGCUGAUCCUCCGCCGGCGGCUCCAGGGGCAGAAGUACCUGGUGGUGGCGGACGUCAGCCCCCAGGAGGGCACCGGCCACCUCUGUGCCUACGAUAAUGAGCGGGAUGCCUGGUGGCCCCUUGCCAGCCUGCCCCCAGAGGCCACAUCCCGGGGGUGUGCCAUCUGCAGCCUCUUCAAUUAUCUCUUCGUGGUGGCUGGCUGCCAGAGGGUUGGGGGGCAAGCCUCCAACAGGAUGUUCUGCUACAACCCCCUGACGGGCAUCUGGAGAGAGAUGUGUCCUCUGAACCAGGCCCGGCCCCACUGCAAGCUGGUGGUCUUGGAUGGGUACAUGUACGCCAUCGGAGGUGAAUGCCUGUACACGGUGGAACGCUACGACCCUCGCCAGGACCGCUGGACCUUCGUGGCUCCCCUGCCCAAUGACACCUUCGCCGUGGCCCACACAGUAACAUCCUGCGAUGGUGAGAUCUACGUCACUGGGGGCACCCUGCGCUACCUGCUGCUCCGCUAUUCGGCGCAGGAAGACCGCUGGCGGGCCAGCCCCACAGCUGGGGGCAAGGACCGGACGGCAGAGAUGGCAGCCGUCAACGGAUUCCUCUACCGCUUUGACCUCAACCGCAGCCUGGGCAUUGGGGUGUACCGCUGCAGUGCCCGCGCUCGCCUGUGGUACGAGUGUGCCACUUACCGGGCGCCCUACCCAGCCGCCUUCCAGUGUGCAGUGGUGGACAACCUCAUCCACUGUGUGGGCCGUCAAUUCCACCUCCGCUUCCUGGCUGACUACGUCUCUCCCCGCUUCCUUCCCAAUGAACUCCAAGGCUUCCCAUCCCCGAAGGGCACCCUUAUACCCACGGUCCUAGCACUACCCGCCCUCAACAUGACACAGACCAGGGUCUAGAUAUCCCCUGAUUAUGUUGGAGGGACUCCCUCUUAGCCGCGGAAAGAAAGACUGUGGACUCUAGUAUGGAGAGACCUGGGUGUGAAUCUUGCUUCUGUCAUUUGCUAACUGUGUGACCUUUGGGUGAGUCCUUGCCCCUUUCUGAGCCUUCUCUCAUCAGAAAAUUGGGAUGAACAGCAAUAACAAUCCUAGAGCUACCUACCGUCCAGGGUGGUUGUGGGGAAAGUAGAAAUGUGAGUUCGGUUAAUACUCAGAGCAUUUGUCAUGUCUUUGAUGCUGGUCCUCCUGCCGCUUCACAUCCCAAAUCUCUCCCGGGGUUUAGCAGAUGAUCUCCCCGCCUUGCUAUGGCUAAAAACAUUCCCAAUCUGCCACCACCCAAGGCGUGAGCGACUCCAAACAGAACUGAGCUGAUCCUCAGGUAACAGACAUAAGGUUGGGAACCAGCCCGGUACUAGCAGCCCUUCCAGCUCCAUAGACACCAGGAGGGCAAAUCUCCCUUCAUGAAGUCACAGGACCCAGGUUCAAAUCCUGAUUCUGGUGGUCACUUGCUAUGUGACUUUGGGCAAGUCACUGAAACCUCCCUAGGCCUCAGUUUCCUCAGAUGUAAAAAAGGGGAGUUGGGCUCUAGGACCUCUGAAAUCCCUCCUUUAUGGGCCUAAGGUCGUGGAAAAGUUUUCGGUUUUUGCUACUAGCAUUUCUGGCCUUCAAGAAUCUAGGGCCAUCCCCCAGGCCUUGAUAAGACAUCUUGUGAGGCUGAAGUCUUUUCUCUGCAGCUCUCUGACAAUUGUGGUCUCUUCACUCCUCUGAGCUUCAGGUACUAGAUCUUCCAAAUGGGUAUGACAUUCACUCCCCACAAGAUGGCGUUCUGAGGGUCUCCCAACCCCGAAACAAAUGUUUAUUGAACAAAGAGUUAGGGAAGUGCCUACUGCCUGGGGUCCCUGAGAAUGUCUGGGAUCUCUUGGGGAAAACCUUGAAUCUGUACAAAUCUUGCUCCGCCAUUUAGUCUAUCCAUGUGACAUUGGGCAAGUGACUUGGCUUUUCUGGAUCUCAGUUUCUUCAUUUGUAAAAUGAAGGGAUUGGAUUUGGCGACUUCUCAAGUCUUUUCCAGGUUUAGGACUAAGUAUAAAGAAGAUCAACCUGUGUACAAAUUCUGCCUUGUUCACUUUGGUCAAGUCAUUUAACCUUCACGAGCCUCUGGUAACUUCCUGGCACUUAGCUACUAAGUCAUGAAUUGGCUGCCAUCAUGGGUUGGUGGGUGAGUUUCCAACAGGAAAUUACAUUUGUAUAUUCUCAUAUGCAAAGCCAACACCACACAGGUAGCUAUAGGGGAUACAGAAUUUGGAUAGGGACAUAAUCUCUACCUUCAGGAACUUUACAGUCUAAUGGGUGGAUCCAACCUACACCUUUGGCAGCUGAGUCCUGAAGUGGAACAGAAUCUUGAACUUGGAGUCAGGAAGAUGUGACUUCAAAUCCUGCCUUAGACACUUAUGAAGGGUGUGAGGCUGGGAGAGUCACAAUCACAGCCCCAGUUUGCUCAUCUGUAAAAUGGGGUUAAUAAUGACACCUCCAUUUCAAGCUUGUUAUGAGACUCAGAUGAAAUAACAGUUGCAAAGAACCUUGCAAACCUUAAAUUGCUAUAUAAAUGUUGGCUACUGUUAUUAUUUUCUCCCAAGGAUCAGGACCUCGGGCUUUCUGGUAUUAACUGGCAUGAGAGCUGUGGCCAAAGUUUGCUUCUCUGACCUGACAUGACUGGAAGAAUGCUAUUUUGUCUAACCACCCAGAAACAGAGCUGACCAGUUUGGGGAAUGAAGAAUGUUGAGGCAAUGACCCACAGCGUGGCUACCAGCCAGCCCAAGUGGCAAACCAGUAAUGGAGUGUGGUCCCCAGUAACCCCCACACUCAUCGAGUAGCCCUUGGGACACACAGGAGGAAAAAGAACAAAUGUUCUGGAUCUAAGUGGCAUGAGAGGGGAUGAGGGCCCCAGUGAAGCCAAUUUAUAGGAAGAUCCUAGGGGCAGUGUAAGCUGCAAGAACCUUUCCCCUAUAGUGGGUAUUUCCCUUGGGGAAUUACCCCCAGAUCUAAACAUAGCCAAAUCCUGAAAUGGCUAAUCCCCUAUCCCAUUCUCCUCCACUAAAGUUAUCAUGUUAAUAAGUGACCAAGUAUACAUAUAACAAAGGACCACCAAAUAUGAAAGCUGGGAGGGUCCUUAGAACACAGAAUGUCAGAGCUGGGAGGAGCCUUAGAACACAGGAUGUCAGAGCUGGAAGGGUCCUUAGAACACAAGAUGUCAGGAAUGGGAGGACCCUUAGAACAGGACAGGGAGGAGGAGUCUGAUAGAGAACAGCCACUCCUGCUCUCAGAAAGCUUCUGAAGGGAGAGAUAAAGUCCAAACCCUCAGGGGACUUCUAGUCUCAGAUGACUCCAAAGUCAGGAAAAGCUUCUAACAAGGAGACAUUCAAACAGGGCUGGAGUUUCCUUGAGAGGGGGGCAAACUCCCCUCUGCAGGGGGGCCUUCCAGUCAGUUUGUCAGGUGUAUUAAAGGAGAUUCCCUUCAGCCAUGGAUCAGGCUAGGUUUUGGCUAAGGUCCCUUGCAAUUCUGGUAUUCUAUAGCGAUGGGAGGGAAAACUGAGCCCCUCCCUGGCCUACCAGGAUCGAUCUAUUCAAAUAAUAGCCACAUUUCAGCCUCUCCGGGAUAUGUGUAUUUGUUUGCCCAAGGUGUGCACCUGUGUAAAUACAAACAUUCUUCCAGCCAGUGCUUGUGGUCUGAGCGCUGUGGGAACCAGGCAGCUGGGCUAGGACCCCAGCUGAAGACUGGCUGAUGUGGUGAGCAGAGAUGGGGGAGGGGGUUCAGGGAUCCACAGCAUGAGUAGUCCCAGCAUAGAAGGUUACUCUGGCCCUCGGUUCCCUCUAUGAAAUGAAGAGGAUGGUUCUAUUUCUCUACUUCCAGGGAAUUCUGGGAGGAUAAGAGGAAAUCUCUCUGGGGAAACAUUUGGAAAGCAAAAAUGCUUCAUCAACAGGAGUUGUUUUUCUGUAACCAAAGUCUCCCUAAACUUGGCUGUGGUCAGUCCUCUGCUCUUGACCGGUUCCUGAAUGCAUACUGAGUAAAGUUCAAACUCUUCUGCCUAGCAUUAGAGGUCCUUGAUCACCUGGCACCUUCCUACCUCACCCUCAGCCCCAACCCCUCUGCACUCUCCCUUCAAUGCCUUCAUUCUCACUAUCUCAUGUGUCUAGAACCUCUGUCUUGCCUUUCUUCACCUGUUAGAUGCCUGUCCAACUCAAAAGCCACCUCUUCCAGGAAGUCUCCUCUCAUCCCCCAGGUUGGUAAUGACUUCCUCACUUUAGGUUCACAUAUUUCUCCAAUGCUUUUUUUUUUCCCCUUUUGAAGAAGCUGGGGUUAAGUGACUUACCCAGGGUUACACAGCUAGUAAGUGUCUGAGGCCACAUUUGAACUCAGAUCUUCCGGACUCCAGGGCCAGUACUCUAUCCAUUCUGCCACCUAGCUGUCCCUCCAAUGCAUUUUUCAUAAAAUAUAGUAUAUCAUGGUUACCUCUGGAGGUGUCUUAUCUCCCGACUAGCCUGUAAGCUUCUUAAAGGUAGAGACUAUUUCUUCUUUGUAUCACCCCAAGCACCAAGCACGGGUCCUGUGCAAAGCAGGGUCCUUAAUAAAUGUUGUAUCGUGAAAAAUGAAGAGGAGAGUGUGAGGUGAGGACAGCAUUAGGGUGGGGGAGUCAGGGAAGAAGUGGGGCUACACUAUGAGUCUGGGAAGGCUUCUGAGGAAAAGAGGAACCUGAGCAAAGUCUGAAAGAAGGGGACAUAAAAGGUUUGGGGAGGGGGAGAGGGGGCUUUGCAAAGGACCUUUACUCAAUUCUCUGGGGGAGAGUAAAAAGAAGAGUACACAGGGAAAUAGUCCCCUCUCCCCUCCUGGGGCAGUGAGGUAACACAGUGGAUAAAAUGCUGAGCCUGGAAUCAGGAAGACCUGAGUUCAAAUCCAGCCGCAGACACUAGCUGUGUGACUCUGGGCAAGUCACUUAACCACCUUCUGCCUCAGUUUUCUCAAUUGUAAAAGGAGAAUAAUAGCACUUACCCCCACAGAGUUGGUGAGAGAAUUACAUUUUGUGAAGUGUUUAGUACAAUGCCUGGCACAUAGUAGGAAUUUAAUAAAUAAUUGCCCUCCCUCCCCCAGGGGGGGCAUGUCAAGGGAUGAUGCCAAUUUCCUACUCCACACCCCACCCCCAACAUCCCUAGGGAACAUCCUUAAAGUCCUUCAAAUACAAGAUCUUAGGUUUUAGGGCUCACUGAGGCCUUAGAGGUCAGCUAGGAGGAAACUGAGGACCAGAGAUGAAGUGACUUGUCCAAGGUAACACAGCUAAUAGGCAUCUGAGCAGCCAAACUCAAACCCAGGUUCUCUGACUUGCAAUUCAUUAUUUAUUCAAUCCUCACAACAACCCUAUGAGAUAAGAAGUUCAACUGUCCCUUUAUCCCUGCUGUAUUUUAUGGAUGAGGAAACUGAGACCAUAUUGGAUGUCAGAAACAGUAGAAACCUCCCUGAUCAGAGUAUGAAAGAUAUAAAACUACAUGGGAGCUUAGAGGUCAUUAAGUCCAACCCUUCCUUUUACAGAUGAGGAAACUGAGGCCCAGAGAGGGAAAGUGAUUGCCCUGGAGCUGUACAGACCGGGGAUUCUUUUUUUUUUUUUUUUUAGUGAGGCAAUUGGGGUUAAGAGACUUGUCCAGGGUCACACAGCUAGUAAGUGUUAAGUGUCUGAGGCCAGUGUACUCAGGUACUCCUGACUCCAGGGCUGGUGCGCUAUCCAUUACACCAUCUAGCUGCCCCAUACUGGGGAUUCUUAACCUGAGUUUGUCCAUGGACAGAUUUCAGGGGGUCUGUGAACUUGGAUGGGGGGAAAAUUGUAUCUUCAUUUUCACUCACCUGCAAUUUGGAUUUACCUCCAAUUAUCUCAAAGUGUGGUGGUCCUAAGAAGGGUUCCUUAGGCUUUCCCACACUGUCAAAGGAGGGCCAUGAGCCCCCAAAAAGAUCUUUUAAAAAAAUCUGUUAGAGAGAAUCUGGCCCAAAGGGGAGGAAGGAGUGUGAUAGGGAAGACCCAUUCCCUGCUUUCAGGCAGGAGAUGAAGUCCAGGCCUCCACAGAGCUCCCUAGUCUGAAAGGACUCCACAGUCAGUAAGCAUCUGAAACAGGAUUUGAACCCAGGUCUUCUUGACUCCAGGUCCCCCUCUUUGCCUAUUAAACUAAGCUUCCUCAUGGGCAGCAAUAGAUGUUAUGGUGGAUAGAGUGCAGGACCCAGAGUCAAAAAGACCUGAGUUCAAAUCCCCCCUCAGACACUUACCUGCCUGUG